AUUCUUGUCAUAGUUGCAAUUGCAAAAGCAACUUGUUGUUUUUUUAUUUAAUUAAUUAAUUAUAUCACUGACAGUACAAUGAGUACAACUGGAAUUAAAUUAUACAAAAAACCAAAUCCAUAUCCCCAGGGUAUGCGUUGUCAAAAAUGUCUAGAAAUGGGACAUUGGAGUUAUGAGUGUAAAAACAAACGUAAAUAUCUUCACAGAUCAUCAAGAACUGUACAACUAAAAAAAGCAUUAAAACAAAUUGAAUCUGGCGAGAUAGAACCUGAAAAACCAAAGGAAAAAAUUCUAAAAGUAUCAAAAAAGAAACCUAAAAAAGUUGUUAGCAGUUCAAGUGAUUCAUCAAGUUCAUCAUCAGACAGUGAGUCUGAUAGCUCAAGUAAUAGUAGUAGCAGUAGUAGCAGCAGCAGUUCUUCAUCUAGCUCAUCAAGCUCAAGCUCAAGUUCAAGCAGUAGUAGUAGUAGUAGUAGCAGCAGUAGCAGUGAUAGUAGUAGCAGCUCAUCAAAUAAUGAUUCAAAAAAGAGAAAAGUAAAUAGAAAAAAAAAGAAAACAAAAUACUCACGUAAAUAAUAAAAUAAUAGUUUUAAUAUUUUUUAAAAUUAAUUUGA